AUGGACAAAGACGAAUACGAUCAGAGAGUCCAAGAAAAAAUUGAUAAUGGCCCCUACAGAGAAUUCAGAAUCAACCCCCUACCAGAAAUGGUCAACAGAACCAACAAACUCGUCGAAAAAUGCUCGAAAUUUUUAGAUUUCGAUAAGAAACAAAUGAAGGAACCCGCACCCUCACUUCCACGAUUCAAAGCCUUACCAAAGAUUCACAAACCUGGAAAAGAAAUGAGAGAGAUUAUAACAGCAGACAGAUCCCCAUGCCAACGCAUCGCCAAAUGGUUGGUAAAGGAACUAACCUGCAUCCUAGGCAGCUCUCACAGUCUUUCUGUAAAGAACUCCAAAGAAUUCGCAGAAAAACUAAAAUUGGAGAACAUCACGGGAGAUGAAGAAACCGUAUCAUUCGACGUAAAAGCGUUAUACCCAAGUGUUAACGUAAAAGAAGCUAUAAGGAUCCUUGAGGAAGAGCUCCUCAAAAAUAAAGUCAACAAAAUUAAAAUAAUGAAUUACAUCCAGCUAACACAACUCUGCAUGGAAGAAAAUUACUUCACCUUCAGAGGCAGAUUCUUUAAACAAACAAAAGGCGCCCCUAUGGGUAACCCCUUAUCAUCCCUCUUAAGCGAACUGUUUAUGAGCAGAAUAGAGUCCAGCUUAAAAGAAAAAAAUUACCUACCAAGAGUAUGGAUCAGAUAUGUAGAUGAUGUAUUCGCAAUCAUAAGGAAAAACAAGCUACAAGAAACUUUAGAAAAUCUCAACAGUGCACACAGGAACAUUGAAUUCACACACGAACGAGAAAACAACGGCUACCUACCAUUCUUAGACAUACUUACACAACACAAAAACGGCAUUUUCGAAUUUAGUAUCUACAGGAAACCAACGAGCACAAAACGUGUCAUAACCAAUAAUUCAAACCAUUCAUUCCAACACAAAAUGGCUGCUUUUCAUCACAUGAUACAUAGAAUGCUCACGCUACCCCUUACACAAGCAGCCAUCAAUGAAGAAACCACAUACAUUAAAGAAGUAGCGGACAUCAACGGAUACCCUCAAAACACCAUCGAUAGAAUCAUAAAAAAGAAACGAAGGCAACUACAUUCCAGGAACAUGACGACAUUGACAGCAGAAAAACCAAAACAAAGAAGAGUCGCUGUAGUAUACAAUAACACUGUCUCGAAAGGUCUAAAAUCUAAGUUAAAAAAGUUCAAUAUCGACUUAGUUCACUCUAGUAGACCACACCAACUUGAAUGCCGUUUACCAUCCGCAAAAGACCCAAUUGACCCAUUCGAAAAAUGCGGAGUAUACAAAAUAGAGUGUGGCUCCUGCAACAAAGUAUACAUCGGACAAACCAAAAGACCCUUAUCAGUAAGACUUGAAGAACACCUGAAGGAAGCAAGAGAAGCACCGAAGAAAAUGAACCCCCACAUAAAAUCAAAUGUCGCCAGACAUAUAGUAAAGGAAAAUCACCACAUCAACAAGGAAAACGCCCAAAUAAUCAAAAAUGUAAGAGAUAGCUGGAAAUUAGAAACGGCAGAAAGCAUCGAAAUUCAUAAAUAUCAGACCACAACUUUACUCAACGGCGACAAAGGCAACGUGUCAUGGUGCCUUUUUAGAUACAUCCCAAAAAACCGACAACCAGUCGACCUAACUACCUGUAUGUAA